CUUCCUUUUGCGACUGUCUCAUCUUUCUUUUUUGGGAAUUUUCCCAAGAAGGACACGUCUCAGUGAAUCAUCUAUUUAAUAUUAAUAAGAUAUAAUAUUAUUUAUAUUGGCUAAAAUGCCUCCUGUUAAGCAUUACUCUUCUAGUGAAGUGAAUCAGUAUGAAUUAUCAUCUAGAUUAUUAUCAUUGACGGAAAAUAAUACAUCAUAUACCCUUACACAAAUAAAUGGACAAAGGAUUUAUAGAAAAGCCCCUCACGCUUGGAGCGGACCGGAGCCGUCAAGGAAUUGCGAGGUAUUCAUUGGACGAAUACCACAUGAUUGUUUCGAAGACACUCUGGUGCCACUUUUCCGUCAGGCUGGCGAAUUAUUUGAAUUUCGGCUCAUGAUCAAUUUUUCGGGUUGGAACAGAGGGUAUGCAUUUGCGAUGUAUACGACAGAAGUUGAGGCGAGCAACGCUAUACGGAUGUUCAACAACUAUAUGAUCAGACCGUCUUGGCAACUAGGCGUGUGCCCAUCGAUCAAUAACUGUCGUAUAUUCAUAUCGCGCAUUCCGCCGACCACGCCGUCUGCGGAGAUCGUACGGCUCCUGUAUGCACUAACUGACGAGGUGCAAGAGGUGCGCAUACGCCGCUCCAUUACUUCCUGUGCCGCGAUAGUUGAGUACAAGUCGCAUCGCGGCGCCGCGAUGGCUAGGAAGGCGCUGGUGGCGGCUGCGGCUGCCGCUUGGGGCUGCGGGGCUAGGCCAGCUGUUGACUGGUCGCUGCCGCAGUCGCCACAACUACUUAAGCAGUAUCGAGAGGUGGGUCGCUGGACCCCAGAACGUGGGGUUGAAUUGACUCGUGCCCCGGAAGACAGCGCCGCUAGCUCGCCCCCUGUAGCCGCGGCGGCGCCUACUUACACACUGGAGCCGUGGUCGCAGGCGCGGCGCCUGCGCAUGAUACAGGAGGCGCAGCGCAACGCCGCCGCCGCUGCCGCAGAGUGGUCCAAUCGCAUUGCCAGCAGUGGUGAGUCCUUGGUGAACUCUAUGGCUUCUCUGAACCUUGGCAUGGGGCUAGGUCUGGGAGCAGGCGAGCGAGCGGUGUGGGCGCCGCCCCCGCCGCCCGUGCAGCCGAUGGAAUCUAUGCAGCCAUUACAGCCGAGCCGCGACCAGUACUCUGCCCCAGACUUCAACCCGUGGACCACUCCGCAUCCGCUCCACGGGUUCAUCUCCCCCAACAAGCACGAGUGAGUGGCUCGUUCUAGCUGGGUAAUUACGCAAUACUACUAAGAGAUUAUCAGUUUAAAUGAAUUACAUAGGUGAUUGACAAUUAAGGCUGUCUGUCAUACAAGACGCAAAAAGAUCUAUAAAUAUUUGCUCUCAAAAAAUAUUGCAUACGAAAUAUACGGCCUUAUAUUUUAUGGGAACGUUUUAAAACUGAUACAAGCCAGUGAAAACGUGAAUUUAAUAAACUUGUGACUUACAUAUUUUGUAUUUGGUAUUUGGAGAUACGUGCUAUUUCACCAUGAGUAUAUUAGUCAAAUAAUUUCUAUGACGACAUAAGAUAUGCAUAUCUUAUACAAAGUGAAAUGGAAAAUAUUAGCAUAUUGAGUGUUGUACUAGUAUACGGACAUUUACCCAAAAAAUAUUGGUAAAAAACGACAAAAGAUUUUGAGCCUUUAUAUACAUGGUGCAUUCGGAUGUAACACCAAAAGCCAUGACCUUGUGUAAUAUGGAUAUAAUCAAAUUAUGCCUACCCAAAAUAAUUGGGAUAAGGGCAGGAAGAUUUAUUUAUUUAAAAUUAUAAUGAGAUACGGCGCAUCUACUAACUAUAGGAUCUUGUUAUUUAUUUUGUGUUCAGUUUCACUCGUAGAAUCAUCAGUAUGUAGAUUUGCUUUGAAUGACGGCAUUAAUACUGAAAUUCACAUUCAUAGGUCUACAAAACAGAUUCAAAAUGCUACUCUAAUGUGCUUUUACAAAGUCAAAAUUAAAAAAGAUAAUCAUUUUUGCGUAAUUAUCCAGCCAUUGUUAUUGUUUACAUUUCAUGUUUGUUCUGUUGAUUUGUAUUUAUAGCACGAAUUAAUUAAGAAUGCACGCACGCAUGGCGCUUGCUAGUGUGGGUUACGGAGUGUAAGGGAAUUUGCAUCGGAGAUGUUUAUGCUUAUAAUUAGUCUUGUCUAAUGCAUAGGUUUUCUCAGAUUUUCUCGCGGUUGCUUAUUUUAUGUAUGUCUAGUUAACGUUAACGUAUUCUAUAAUGUAUGUUUAGCCCGAAAAAGUAUACCAACCUGUGUGAAUAACAAUAAUAUUCACUGACUAUCUUUUCCUAAAAAGCUUUGUUGAAAUAUGUAAAUAUUUUUAAAAUAUGUAUUGUACCAGUACCCUUGCGGCACAUUGUUGAUACUAGAUUUAGUGUGAAAGGUCAUUGUUGUUUACUGUCUGUCGUGUUGUUAAAUAGAUUGGUAUACCAUUUCAGGCUGAAAUGGUAACUGGCGUUUGUCAAAUUCUAACCGGUGGUAUUUUUUGUUAAUGAACAAGAAUAUUUACAUUAUAAUAGUCUAACUGCACAGUGGUGGAUAGUUUACAUGUAUCGUAUAUGUUUUUUGUAAAUAUUAACGACAAAAUGGAAACUAAUUUAACAUUUUUUUUUAUGCAACUUUUAUGACAUUUACAAAAUUCUAAUUUUGAAAUCAACUUGUCUUGUUCGAUCGGAAUUCAAAUGUUGUACCAUUUUGAGGGUUGCCCUCGGAAUAAACAUUUGUUUUAUAUUUUAUUUAUUAACAUUUUCUCUUGCACUCCAGAGCAUAAGAGAGAUUUUAAUUUUAAUUUUAGACAUUCUUUUAAUUUAAUCCUAAAAUAUAUUUUAAUUAAGAAUCCAAUUGAAUGGCAUAAUUAUUGAUAUGUAUUGAAAUUUGAAGCUUUUAUAAGGCAACAUCGGUAUAUUUAAGCAUGUGUCUACACUUUUGUUUAAUGUUAUAGAAUAUGAAUUAAGGGAAAUAGCGUGCGAGCGCCUUACUGCCGGCCGCCCGCCUUAGUUAUAUAUUAUUGCACUGGCAAUCUGCAUUUUUUGAUGUUUUUUUCAACGAAAUAUUCAUGUUAUUGUACUUUAUCUGUGUGUGAAUAUGUCUAUUUAAAAUCAGGUUUUAAAGUAAAUCAAUUUGGAAUUGUUUUCUCAGCAUCUAAUGAACGCAGCAUUAUGAAAUUAUCUAUCUACAAUAAUAAUUAACAAAAUCUAGACAUUUUGU